AUGGCAGCAGUCUACAAGACCGUUUCGAAGAAGAAGGCCCGGCAGCCGGUCGAGGACCUGGAUGACGACAUGGACAUGGAGAUCGAGGAACUCCUCAACGAUGCGGACGAUACCACCGACAGCGAAGAGGAUGAAGAAGAGGAGGACCGCAUCGCCGCGGCGAAAAGGCAGCUUGCUCAGGGCUUCAUGCCCAAGACCCGGGUGCUCAUUUUGACAUCGCGCGGUGUCACACAUCGCCAUCGACACCUCAUGGCAGACCUCUGCGCACUCCUCCCACACACUCAUAAGGAGACUAAGCUUGACACCAAGAAGAAGACCGCCGGUUACAAUCUUCUGCUGAACUCUCUUGCUGACCUGCACUCAUGCAACAUGAUCUUUUUCCUCGAGGCCCGUAAGAACGGGCAAGAUCUCUAUCUCUGGCUUGCACGGCCCCCGAAUGGACCUACGAUUAAGUUCCACCUCAACAACUUGCACACUAUGGGAGAGCUCGGUGCUGGUUUUGCUGGUAAUUGCCUGAAGGGUGGCCGAGGCAUUGUGGUCUUCGACCAAUCAUUCGACGACCACGGUCCGGACAUGGGUGCCGGUGCCCCCGGUAACGAGUACCGUGCUCUGGUCCGCGAGAUGCUGCGCGGAAUUUUCUGUGUUCCUAAGCGAGGGGUCAAGGGCAUGAAGCCCUUCGUUGAUCGCAUCAUUGGUAUUUUCGGCGUGGAUGGCAAGAUUUGGAUUCGCGUCUACGAGAUCCGUGAGUCUGAAGGUGGUGGUAAGAAGAAAGAUGGCGAGGAGACCGUCAAGCCUGUUCCUAAAGGCAAAGAUGGUGGUCUGCCGGAAGUGUCAUUGGUGGAGAUCGGACCUCGCUUUGUUCUGACCCCCAUCGUGAUCCUGGAGGGUAGCUUCGGUGGCCCUGUCAUCUACGAGAACAAGGAGUACGUCAGCCCCAACCAGGUUCGUCGCGAGAUUCGGAUGAGCAAAGCUGGUCGCUACGCGGCGCGCAGGGACACGCAGACCGACCGGGUGGCCAAGCGGACAGAUCUGGGAUUGACCGACAACUCGUCGCGGAAGCCCAAUGCUCUGGGAGUGAGGGAGCUGUUUGCGUAA